AUGCAUACAGGCUGCAGGUGUAUCUUAAAUCUAGACCCUAAGCCUGAUAUUAAAAAUCAAUGCCUGGAUUUAUGCAAAGCUUCGCAGGACGACAGCGAACCAGUAAAAGGCCAAAUAAUAAUCUCGCUCCUAUCCAGAGACGGUCCUUGUGGCGGUACGCCUUUAGCCAUCGUCAGCCCUUUAGGUGACAUUCGUGGGCCCCCAAAUAACGAAAAUACAAAUGUAGAAAAUGGCAAUAAUUCCAAUGAUGAUUUACCGCCUGGUUGGGAGGAAAGAAGAGCCUCGAAUGGUCGGCCGUAUUAUGUGAAUCACCAAACCAAAUCAACCCAGUGGGUUAAGCCACAGUUGAACGGUAAAGUUCGGGCACUUAACAACAGGUUAAGGCCAGGGAAUAAUAACGAAAAUCACGGCAAUAAUAACAACGAGAUUAUUAGGUCUGAGGAACAGACAAAUAGUAAUAUACAAAAUGAUAUUUCUCUAGCCUUGACUCCUGGUUCUAGCACUUCUCCUGUAUCCCCUGUAAUUAGUCCUCAGCAUAAGGAACCGCGCCCUCCUGUGAUUAGUCCCACAUCCCUUGAAUCCAGGGCUAUUGUUUUAACAUCUUUACCUGCAGCAGCAACACCAACAUCUAUAGAAGAAAAUAGUAUGCCUAAUCAAAGUGCUACUCCGUCCACUAGUGCAAACACAUCUUCUCCAAUACUAAAUGGCCAACAACAAUCAAUUUUGAGCCCUCAAAGGGUGCCAAAUAGGGAAAGGAGGCCAAGAAAUGCCGAAGAAAGGCGGGACGGCAGCAAUCGAAGACGCAGCGGACGAAAUCGGAAUUCAGUUAUAGCUGCUCAAGUAGCUGCAGCUGUAGGACAAGUUGUUGCUAAUGGGAGUAAUGUCGUUAGUAGCACUGGAAAAUUAGAUUUACCUCCAGGAUAUGAACUACGCACUACUCAACAAGGGCAGGUUUAUUUCUAUCAUAUACCUACAGGAGUGUCGACAUGGCACGAUCCCAGAAUACCUAAAGAUUUAACCCCACUUAGUUUGGCCUUGGACCAUUUGGGACCUUUACCGGCAGGGUGGGAAAUGAGGCAAACUACAUCUGGAAGGAUUUAUUUUGUGGACCACAACAGCCGCACAACACAGUUCACGGAUCCACGUUUAAAUUCGCAAAUUCUCAAAAACAUUUUAAAAAGAGUUACACCUCCGACUAGUCAACCAACCACUAAUACUCCCCCUAUACCAGUGAUCAGCCAACCACCGUUAAGCGUGAACACAGCCACAACUACUGUCCCUCCCACAACUAGUUUAUUGGCACCUCAAAAUCCAGCCCCAGUGUCGCCCCGAUCCAGAGUACACGAAGAUUUGCCUCAAGGGUUGUUGAGUGAAAGCGAGCAUUUGCCUAAAUACCGACGAGAUUUAGUAGCUAAACUCAAAGUAUUGAGAGCCGAAUUGACUGCCCUUCAACCUCAAAGCGGGCAUUGCAGGUUGGAGGUUUCCAGGACCGAAGUUUUCGAGGAGAGUUACAGACUAAUAAUGAAAAUGCGACCAAAAGAUAUGCGUAAAAGGCUUAUGGUAAAAUUUCGCAGCGAAGAAGGUUUAGAUUAUGGAGGCAUCGCCCGAGAGUGGUUGCAUCUACUGUCCAGAGAAAUGCUAAACCCCCAAUAUGGUCUGUUUCAAUAUAGCAGAGAUGAUCAUUAUACUUUACAAAUAAAUCCCGACUCUUCAGUCAACCCAGAGCAUUUAUCUUAUUUCCAUUUUGUUGGAAGAAUUUUGGGCAUUGCUGUGUUUCACAAUCAUCAGUUGGAAGGAGGGUUUACUUUGCCUUUUUAUAAACAGCUUUUAAAUAAACCUAUAACACUGCAGGACAUUGAGGGUGUAGAUCCGGAAUUGCAUAGAAGUCUUACUUGGAUGCUGGAAAAUAAUAUCGAUGGUAUACUGGAUACGACAUUCUCAGUGGAAAAUAAUAGUUUCGGGGUUGUUAAGGUUCAUGAAUUAAAACCUGGAGGAUCGUCUAUACCGGUAACUGAGGACAAUAAAAGGGAAUAUGUCAAGUUGUUUAUGAGAGGUAUCGAACAACAAUUCCUAGCCCUUCAGAAGGGCUUCACCGAACUAAUACCUCCUCCAUCAUUGAGACCGUUUGACGAAAGAGAAUUAGAGCUGGUCAUAAGCGGAAUAGGAUCCAUAGAUAUAGCCGACUGGCGUUCGCACACAAGAUUAAAGCAUUGCACCGCCGAUACGCCGGUAGUUCAAUGGUUCUGGCAAGUCGUCGAUUCAUAUUCCGAAGAGAUGCGAGCUAGACUGUUGCAAUUCGUCACAGGCAGUUCCAGGGUGCCGCUGCAAGGAUUCAAGGCUUUGCAAGGGAGCACCGGCGCCGCGGGGCCUAGGCUUUUCACUAUUCACUGUAUCGACGCCCCACCGCAGAAUUUACCUAAAGCGCACACCUGUUUUAAUCGUAUCGAUAUACCUCCGUAUGAAACCUAUCAGGUUUUGUAUGAGAAAUUGACGCAGGCUGUUGAGGAGACUUGCGGAUUUGCGGUGGAAUGAUUAUAGGCUUGAAAGAUGAUGCCUGCUCGAUUCUCCGAGCUACCAAUCAUCUUUUUACCAGAGCACAACUAAAGCAUCGCGAGCCAAAAAAAAAUAUUAGAUUGAAAUGCAUCAAAAGCUUUGAAGACUGUCGAGUGCCUUUUUUCGCUCACCGCCCCCCUCACAAAAACUUUCAAGUGCCUACAAGCUAGUCAAAACGUGUAGACGGAUUCUAUAUCACUAUCACAACCAGGCAUGUAUGCUUCCUUUUUUAGGUGAGACUUAUUUUUUUAUAUUUGUAUUGUUUUCUAUUACUAUUAUAUACACAUAUAGAGAGUUAUUGGAUUACACUAAGGAAUAUUAGUUACAAAAAUGCUCUGAGAUUGAAAAUUAACUUUUCGGUGCGCUGAUACAUUGGGUUUUUAUUUAAUUAUGUAUACAUAGUUGUCGAAAUUUUUAAAAAUUAAACUUUUUGUAACAUUUUAGAACUUUGAAAAUAAAAUCCAUGUACAGGGUUAUCGAACGAGGACCAGACAGGCUUCUUUUUGACUCUACCUGUACUUUUUAAAUCCGAAUCUACAAUUUUCGGAAUUGGUGGGAAAAAUUAUAUGAGACGGCUAUUUCAGAUUUUUUAUAAAAAUACAGUUAGAGUCAUAAAAGUGGUCUGUCACUAGUGACCUUUACAACUUCAAAUUGAGACUUAUCACAAUCAAAUUGAGAACAAACAUUUUCAAAUUGAGAUUAAACAAAAUCA